AUGGCAAACCAGGAAGCGGAAGAGACGGCAGACGCGCCGGCGAAACGUGCGCGCGCGUCGGGGGAUCGGCCUCUGGUGGCGUCGAAGAGACACGCGGGUCCGCGUCACUCCUCGACAGACGGCGCGUCAAACGCGACUGACGCAGACAAAGCGCCAGCUUCUCUCGCGGAGUCUCUUUUUGCGUCUUCGUCUGACUCGCUAGGUGCUUGGGAUCCCGAGGGAGAACCGCCGACUGAGGCCGCAAAGGGUUCCGCCGGCCAAGCGCAAGAGAAGGACGACGCCGACGGACUGCUUCUCCUCGAAUCCGGUCUCUGUGGGCCGACAGAGUUCGGUUCGCUGACGUUUGAAACUGACGCGUCGCUGAUCGAAUCGCUCCUCGCAUCGUCCGGGCUCUGCCCUGCCAGCAACUUGCUCGGCACUCCACAGGCAGACCCCCUCGGUGGCGAUUCAACGUCCUCUGCGCCUCCAGUCCUGGACGGAGACGCGACUGCGUCGCUUGACUUUCCUCCCUCGACGCCAUCACUACACGCGAGGCGAAACGCGGAGGACGGCUCUGCUGCCUCACCGCCUUCUUCUGCCUCACCGCCUUCUUCUGCUUCACCGCCUUCUUCUGCUUCACCGUCUUCUUCUGCUUCACCGUCUUCUUCUGCUUCACCGUCUUCUUCUGCUUCACCGUCUUCUUCGGGUUCGUCUGCCUCUUCAUUUCCGCUCUCUGCUGCGAGUUUGCUGGCGCUGGCGCCUGGCCACGCGACGCAAAUUGUGCAGAGAGAAGAGAGAAGGCCGCGGAGUCAGCAGGACAUCCUCGCGACUGCGCCGCCGCUCUUCAGUCCGCCGACUGUUCCAGCGGUGCAAAACGUCGUCGCUUCUGCGCGGGUUGUUUGGAGAACCGAGGCCGGAGACGCGUGGAAGGACGACGCCAAACUGGAUUUGCGACACCUGGCCAUCAGCUGCCGAUUCGCCGAAUAUAAUCCGAGGAAAAUCAAUGCAUGCAUCGUACGGCUGAGAAACCCCAAGUGCACGGUCCUUGUCUUCAGAUCUGGCCGCCUGAUAAUCACUGGCGCGAGGAGCGAAACAGAGGCGGAGCGGGCGGCGCGCCUGACCGCGAAGAUGCUCACAUUUGCGUACUGCGGGAGCAGCGACAAAGACGCAAGUUUGCACAGUCCAUCAGCCCCUCUGCGGCUUGCUUCCGGUCCCUCUAAAGACGACCGGGUUUCUUCCGACGAAUCCCGGAGGCGAUCGGGGAGUUUCGGAGAAGACUCGGCUGCCUGUACGGCUGUCCAAAGCAGUGAAAGUUCCUUGGUUCUGGUGGAGCCAGACAGGAGAAGCAAACAGAAGCUGUGCCUGCGCGACUUUAAAGUCGAGAAUGUUGUCGCGAGUGCAGACUGCGGGGUACCGGUGCGUCUCGAAGGCCUCGCCUUCGAACACAAGGAAUUCUCCAGCUACGAACCCGAGCUGUUUUCAGGUCUGGUGUAUCGAUACAACCCCACGGCGUCUCUCAAGGCAGUGCUGCUGGUCUUUGUCAGCGGCAAGGUUGUCAUUACUGGGUGCAAGAACCUGAGUGAAGUGAAUCACGUCUUCGAGUCUCUUUACCCUGUGCUCGUCCGCUACCAUCAAUGA